AUGAUGUAUGGAAAUAUUCAUGGCACAUACAAAAGGGCCCUUCAUAAAGCAUUGCAGAAUAAAACAAAAUCACAAAAUUUAAUUGAACUGCUUGAGGAUUUUGUUGAAGAUAAUGAAUUCGAAUCAGAUGAUUUACAAGAAAUUGAUAAUCUGAAUGAUGAAAAAGAAAAUAGUGAUCCUAUGAUUCUCAACCCAAAAAUUUACUAUGAUAGAGGUCAUUCUAAAGGUACCAAACAUUUAAAACCAGCACAUAAA